GUCAUCUGAUCCGUUAUCAUCACAGUCUAGAUCAAUGGAUCCGUUAUCAUCAAAUUGCAAAUCAACAGAUCCAUUAUCAUUAACAAAUGAUGAUGAAAAUGAAUUGGAAUCAGUUCCAUUACCAAUACAAACAUUUUUAUGGCGACAAACAAACCCAUUUUUGGGUGCAAAAAUUGGUAAACUUCAUGAAGCAUCAUGUGUUACAUUUGAACGAGUUGUUGUACAAAAUAUACUUCAUGGACUUAGUCCAUCACUUUCUGAUGCUAUUAAUUCCAUUUCACGUUGGCAUUUUGUACGUGCAACAUUUCCACAUAUUGUACAGUGUUGUGCAUCGUUAUUAUCUGAAGCAAUUAAUCGAAAUGAUUUACCAAUGAGUGGAUCAUUGGUUAAAAUGUUAUAUAUAUUGCAUUGGCUUCUUCUUGAUUCAGCUAAUGAAUGUUGUGAUAGUGAAAGUGGAAAGGCGUAUAAUCGAUUAAAAACUUUCUUAUGA